UUUCUUCAUUUUCUUCUCUCUGAUGCUCACCUCCUCCUCCUCCUCCUCUUCUCCUUAAACAAUGGAUCGAUUUUUCCCGUACUAAUUUGUUUUUCAUCGCAAUAAUCCAGUAAUAAGGCAUGGGGAGGGAAUCUGGUGCGUCGGAAAUCGAGAUCAAGGUCCAGGGGCUGCAAGGGGACAACGACUUGAAUCCGGCCGUUUCGCCGUUCCCUGCCUCGCAGCCGCCGGGGUGCCGGGGCCUGCCCCCGCCAGAGCACCGUCCGUUCCGGAGGUGGACACCCUGGUUGGUGCCGGCGUUCGUCCUGGCCAACCUGGUUGUGUUCGCCGUCAUCAUGUACGAGAAUGAUUGCCCCAAGACUUAUAUGGGGGACUGCGUUGCCGUCUUUCUCGGCCGGUUCGCCUUCCAGCCCCUGAAGGAGAAUCCCCUCUUCGGGCCGUCGUCCUCAACGUUGGAGAAGAUGGGUGCUUUAGAUGUGCGUAAAGUGGUUCAUGAACACCAAGGAUGGCGUCUGAUUUCUUGCAUUUGGCUGCAUGCUGGAGUCAUCCAUGUGCUUGCCAAUAUGUUGAGUCUUCUCUUAAUCGGAAUUCGGCUUGAGCAAGAAUUUGGAUUUGCACGGAUCGGCCUGCUAUACGCUAUUUCUGGAUUUGGUGGGAGUUUGAUGUCUGCUCUGUUCAUCAAAUCAAGUAUCUCUGUAGGUGCUUCUGGUGCACUUUUCGGAUUGCUCGGUGGCAUGCUUUCUGAACUAUUAACCAAUUGGACGAUCUACACAAAUAAGUGUGCAGCACUGUUUACGCUUGUGCUCAUCAUAGCAAUCAACUUGGCUGUUGGAGUCCUACCACAUGUGGAUAACUUUGCUCAUAUUGGGGGAUUUGUUUCUGGAUUUCUUCUUGGAUUUGUGCUCCUGAUUCGCCCCCACUUUGGGUGGGUUGCCCAAAAGAAUGUUCCACCUGGAUAUCUUGCAACUCCGGUCAAACACAAGCACAAGCUGUAUCAAUACAUACUAUGGAUCAUUGCUGCCAUUCUUCUAAUUGUCGGGUUCACCAUUGGCAUUCUUAUGCUGUUUCGAGGGGUUAACGCAAAUGAUUAUUGUUCUUGGUGCCAUUACCUGAGUUGCGUGCCGACCUCCAUAAGGAGUUGCUCAUCAUCCACUAUUUCUUGCUUGUCGUCUCAAGAAGGGAACAGCCUGAACUUGAUGUGUGGGGGAAACAGAAGAGCCCGUAGCUACCUCUUGCCGAAUGCAACCGAAGCCCAGAUAGAGGAACUCUGCUCCCAGCUGUGCAGUUGACGAAUGCGUAUGUUCUUUACCACUUUUCUAUUUUCUUUAUGAACACCCCCUGCUUUUUCAAUUUUUCUUAUAUUCUUAUGUAUAUGCCAACGCUCAAGUUUACAAAGAUUCCGAAUCAACAUACGGGUCUAUUGU